AUGGGGAAUUCCAGUCGCCACAGCUCCAUUUCCCUUGCAGUCAUCUUGGUCUUUGCCGUCCUGCUGCUCAACGCUGAUCUAGGGUCGUGCGGCUGCUUCAAGCGCAUCUUCUCCUUCGGCGACUCCAUCACCGACACCGGCAACUUCGCGUACAUCAGCCGCAACAGUCCGCCGAGUCCGCUCUCAGUGCCCCCAUACGGAGAGACCUACUUCCACCGCCCCACGGGCCGUGCCUCCGAUGGGCGUCUCAUCAUCGACUUCUACGCGCAAGCGUUGGGCCUGCCGUUGCUGCCGCCGAGCAUUCCCGAGGAGAAGACGGGGAAGUUCCCGACCGGUGCCAACUUUGCCGUUUUUGGCGCUAUUGCGCUCAACCCCACGUACUUCAUGUCAAGGUACAACUUCAGUCUGCAGCGCGGGUGCCUCGACGAGCAGCUGGCUUCUUUCAAGAAAGUGCUCGCACGGAUUGCUCCGGGAGAUGCUGCCACCAAGAGUCUCCUGAGCGAAUCCCUGGUCGUCUUUGGCGAGAUCGGUGGCAACGACUACAACUUUUGGUUCUUCGAUCAUACGCACAGCCGGGACACGGCCAAGGAGUACAUACCCGACGUGAUUGCUCGCAUAGGUGCCGGUGUCCAAGAGGUGAUCAACCUCGGUGCCAAGACGGUCCUUGUCCCAGGGAACUUCCCCAUUGGGUGCGUGCCGGUUUACCUGAGUGGUAACAAAAGCUACACGUCCACGGACUACGACCAGUACGGUUGCCUCAAGUGGUUCAACGCGUUCUCCCAGAUGCACAACCAGUUACUGAAACAAGAGAUCACCAAGCUCAAGUCACAGAACCCCGGCGUGAGGAUCAUCUAA